AUGGCACGCUUCUUCAAGAGCAUUGCAGGCCUGCUCCUCGUCGCCUCGACCGCUCGAGCCAAGCCCGUCUCGUCUUUCCAUGCGGGCCAAAACACUGCCACGAGCCCAUGUGCCCAGGUAGCGAGCUCCGUUGCAGCCCAGACGGCUGCUGCGCCCACUGUCUCUGCACAAUUGGCCUAUGAUUGCCUUACUUCGGUGCCAUUCAACCAGUCCGCCGCCCUCGCCCUUGUCGAUGGCGUCGUACCCUACUUUCGAUGGCAAAGCAAUACCGUUUGGCUCAAGGAUCCGCCCACUGAAUACGCAGAGAAGGUGCAGCCUGGCAUCGAUAUCUGGGGCCAGCUCUCGACUAUAAGGGCCAAAGUGGUUGCCAAUACGUAUGCCAAUGAGUAUGAGUUUGGCUUCGAGCUCUAUCGUCUUCUGCAAUCCACACACGACGGCCAUUUUGUCUAUAUCCCCGACGUGAUUGGAACAGUCUUCACUUUUGCGCGUCCUGUACCCCUCGUUUCGGUAUCAUCGGAUGGUAAGGAACUACCAAAGACGUACGUCUACGCCGAUGUCCUGGCUGAAUCUUUCGGUAACGCUACCUUCGCUCCAUCUCCCAUCACACACAUCAACGGCCAGGACGCCCAGGAAUACCUCGAGAACUGGGCCCAGUACGGCUCUCUCCAGGACCGGGAUGCUCUUUACAACAACGUUUUCUACGAGCUCGCUACUGUAUCGCUAGGCCCCACCGGGUCGGGUAUCGGCACUUUUGCCGGUUCUGGAAGAGGUCGCUAUAUCUACCCUGGCCCCACCACGGCGCUUCAGUUUGCUAAUGGAACAAACCAAACAUACACCAAUUUCGCCAAAGUCUUGAUUCCCUUCGACGGUGUCACCGAUGGCGAAAGCCUUUACAAGCUUUGGUUUACUGGCAACCCACCCACCCAGACUACUAGCUCCUCCCCUUCGCCAAGCGCCUCUUCAUCUGCCGUACCAAAGAUCCCCGCCCCCGGUUACCCCCCGCCAGUUGUUCGUGAAAGCCACAACUUGAUUGGUGGCUAUUUCCUGGAAGAUGAGUACUCCGAUGUUGCUGUGCUAUCCGUACCUUCAUUCGUCGGCAUCGAUGCACAAAAGCAAUUCCAAGCCACCGCUGUACAAUUCAUCACUGCCGCCAAGGCGGCGGGAAAGAAGAAGCUCAUCAUUGACGUUCAAGCCAAUGGCGGUGGUACCAUAUUGCUUGGAUACGACCUGUACUCGAUCCUCUUUCCCCACGGCAUUGACCAUGCAGCCGGCGAUCAAUUCCGUGCUUUCGAGUCCACUGAUGUAAUUGGUCAAGUCUUCUCAAAACUUUCUGAUGGUGUGUCGAGAGAGCCAGUUGAACCGGAAACCAACAGCCAGUUGUACAAUCUUCAGGGCGACGUUGUCUCUUCAACGUUCAACUAUCGCACUGAUCUCAACCUUGAAGAGAACCACUUUACCAGCUGGAAAGACAAGUUUGGCCCGCGUAAUAACAUGAAAGGUGACAAUGUCACUAAUCUCUUCCGCUGGGACUUCAACGAUCCCUUGAUUACCGUGAAUUCAGGCGGUAUCUAUGUCCAUGGCCACGGCCCUCUAUCCAACUAUACUGAACAACCCUUUGCCGCUGAGGACAUUGUUGUUAUUACCGACGGCUACUGCGCAUCUACUUGCACCAUUUUCUCCGAGCUUAUGCGCCAGCGCGCUGGUGUUAAAUAUAUCUCACUUGGUGGUCGCUCUCGUCAAGGCAUCACCCAGGCAGUGGGCGGCGUCAAGGGUACUAACAACUAUCCAUGGACAUAUAUCCAGGCUCUUGCUCAAUAUACAGUCAUUAAUGGAACAUCUACUCCUCAGGAUGCCGCGAAACUCAACGCCACUGAGCUUGGCCAAUAUUGGUCUUCUGUUCCCUUUGAUCGACAAGCCAUUGGCUCAGCAAUUAACGUCAACUUUCGCGACGGUAUCCGCGACGGCGACGCGACCAAUACGCCCCUGCAAUUUGUCUACGAGCCAGCUGAUUGCCGUAUACUGUACACUAAGCAGAUGACUGUAGAUAUGACCGCCAUUUGGAAGGCGGCUGCGGACACAACUUGGGGUGGCAAGAACCACUGCAUUGCUGGUGAUCUUGGUACACGUGCAACCAAUACCCUGGCGAAGCGAGAAUUGAGUGCUAGAGAAGAGGCUCUGAGCAAGAGGAUGAAGCAGUGGAGGAGAGAACUCAAGCUGCAGGACUAUCCUCUCGAUGUGCGUACAGAUAUGCGCAAGGCAAAGAUGAUGGGCGAUGGCAUCAUGUGGCCAUGA